AUGUUAAGUCAAGUGGCUGACCAGCUCGGUGAAGUACAUUAUCAAUCCAACGAGUAUGUGAUCAGGCAAGGAGCCAGAGGAGACAAUUUGUUCAUCAUAACUCAGGGAAAGGUGGAUGUGACAAUUUACGAAACAGGCUCAGACGGAGAAAUCCGCACUGAAAUGCAGCCUCGAUUCGUCCGCACUUUGAAACGAGGAGAGUGGUUCGGAGAAAAAGCUCUCAAUGGUGACCAUAAAAGAACUGCCAAUAUUAUCGCCGCUGAGCCGGAAGGAGCCACAUGCUUAACACUGGAUUACGAAUCCUACAAGUUCCUCAUUGGAGACCUGACGUCAUUGGAACGUCGUUAUUCCGACUUCAAGAUUCGGAACGAUGCUCUAGUACACCUUAAGAGGCGAGCAGAGUGA